UUGCGUGUCUGGGCGUUACCAUACGUUUUCCACUCGAUUCCCGCACGUGGUGCUUAGCAAAUCGAGCACGAAAGCCGGAGGUCGCCAGAGCAUGCAAGCCUUCUUCCCCAGUCAAGACGCUUCGCCCACACGCGCAUCGCAAGCCCGCUCAUCUGCCCGCAUCCUGUUUAGAGCAGCCUCUGCUGGGCGGCGGCACCUGACACCGCCGGCCUCUCUUUAACGCAAACGCGCAGUGCUGCCCCCCUUCUCCGUCGAUCAUCGCACCUCGCCCCACUGAAACUUGUUGCUGAGGACGAGACAGGAAGGAAGAUGGAAGAGAAGAGAUGAUGGUAGUGCCCUUAUCCGGCUACAAGUAUAAAUUCGUCCCUCCCUGUUAGCUUCGUCGUUGAUUGGUGAUGGGUUGGAUGGUGGCCUUGGGUGCGGUGGUGAUGAUACUACUGCAGCUGGUGGUGACGAACUGCUCUACUUCUUACUUCGCGGAGGACGUCGUUCACGGGGGCGCCCGUAGGGGCGGGUCCAGGGAGGGCCGCAACGGGAGCAGGAUCGGCGGGGGAGGGGGGGGAGAGGAGGAUACGGGGGAUUGGAGAGCGGAGAUUCUGUGGCUGGCUCGGCAGCCGGAGGCCGUGGAGUGGGUGACGGGGGUGAGGAGGAGGAUUCACGAGCACCCGGAGCUCGCGUACGAGGAGUUCGAGACGAGCCGGCUGAUCAGGGCGGAGCUCGAUCGGAUGGGGGUGGAGUACCGGUUCCCGUUGGCCGGGACCGGACUCGUCGCCACCAUCGGCACCGGUGACCCGCCGUUCGUCGCCCUCCGGGCUGAUAUGGAUGCUCUGCCCAUUCAGGAAGCUGUUGAGUGGAAGUACAAGAGCAAGGUUCCCGGUAAAAUGCAUGCUUGCGGGCAUGAUGCACAUGUAGCUAUGCUCUUGGGUGCUGCCAGGAUACUGAAGACGCAUGAGCAUCGUCUAAAGGGAACUGUUAAGCUACUUUUUCAGCCUGCAGAAGAAGCUGGAAUAGGUGCAAAGCGGAUGAUUGAAGAUGGUGCUUUGGAAGAUGUGGAGGCUAUAUUUGCUGUUCAUGUAUCGCAUGGGUAUCCUACUUCUGUCAUUAGCUCCCGGCCUGGACCUUUGCUUGCUGCAUGUGGCUUUUUCCGAGCAGUAAUAAAGGGACGAGAGGGAUAUGCUGGAAAUCCACACCAUUCAGUUGAUCCAAUAGUGGCUGCCUCAGCUGUGGUGAUAAGCUUACAGAACAUUGUGGCCCGUGAAUCCAGUCCUCUAGAUUCUCAGGUAGUCUCAGUGGCCUCAUUUAAUGGCGGCCACAAUCUUGACAUGAUUCCUGAAUCUGCAAGUCUAGGCGGAACUUUCAGGGCUUUCUCUAAUGCAAGCUUUUACCAGGUUCGGCACAGAAUAGAAGAGGUCAUCUUAGAGCAAUCUAGUGUCUUCAGAUGCAAAGCUUCUGUGGACUUCUUCGAGAAAGAAAGGUUUUACCCACCUACGGUUAACGAACAUUCCAUGUAUGGGCAUGUGAAGAAGGUAGCCAUCGAAUUAUUGGGUGCCGAUAACUUCAAGGUCGUCGAACCAACAAUGGGUGCAGAAGACUUCUCUUUCUACUCUGAAAUGAUUCCAGCAGCCUUCUUCUACAUCGGUGUAAGGAAUGAGACGCUUGGAUCGGUUCAUGUAGCUCAUUCUCCCUAUUUUAUGAUCGAUGAAGAUGUUCUUCCAACUGGUGCCGCCCUCAAUGCUGCAAUUGCUGAGAAGUACCUUAUCGACCAUAGUUAGAUUUUACGACACCAUCCGAUGAACCAUUGCACACGAUGGAAGCGGAACCAAGUUGUGUUUGCAAGAUUUGAGCUGGAGGAGAGUGAGAGGUGUUGAAGUGUUCGUACACUUGUCUAUCAUACAGUGUCAAUUCAAAAUACUUGCUAAUUCACAAUAAUUUUGUUCUCUA